UUUUUUUAUUUAUUUAUUUCUUUCUCUUUUAAUGAAAGUCUAUCGUGCAGAAACAGGCCAAACUAUUCAUUGGCACUCUAACCCAACUCGAAUAAAAACGUAACUUGUCUUUUGAGAGUGAGAUCGUGUUAAUAUUGUUUAGAUUAAGCGACUUGAAACAAGAGUUAGAACAAGACAGUGGUGUGCCAGUGAGUGAACAGAUAUUAAUGACAAGUUUUGGUAAACUUGUUCGGCAAGAAAACAUUGUUUCUAUCUUAGAAGCCACUGGCCAACAUGAAUAUAUUAUAUUUUGCUUUGACAGACGAUACCUCAGUGUUCAUGAAGAAGAUAUUGAGGCUCUUUUAGAUGCUGAGACGCCUCCUUUAGAGCCCAAAUUGCCCUUGUUUGAUGGUCCUUUAGCAUUAAAGCAGCUAUAUACACAACUCAAAAACAGCUCUUUAAUCGCUGUCUGUCAUUCAUUCGUGAGUGUAUUUGCCAGCUUUGAUUCCUAUAGUCAAUCAUUGAUGAAGACUGCUACUGCGCAUACACAACUUUCUAAAAACAUCGUAGACGAACACAAGUUUCAAAGUAUGGCAUUGAAUGUCGCCUUGACUAAUUUGGAAGAUCACCGUAAACUAUCUGAAGCCUCCAUUCAUGAUUUUGUCUUGAGAGCAGAAGCUGAACUGGAGAGACAACAGGCCUUGUUGAAUUCAGUCGAUCAUGAUCUCCAUAUCUUACGGCAUGUACGCAUCCAUCCAUCCAUCACAGCUGCACUUGAACCCAACAACAACCAGCAGCAACAGCUGCGGCUAUUGGAUUUUAUAGACAUAGACCAUAUAAACCAAGUACGCUCAGAUACACAAAUCCUCUGUGAUUUUCUGGUCGAUCAGAGCAGCUUAUUUAAAAAGGAAGUAAAACAGAUGCAACAGGACGAAAAAGAAUUCCAUGCGCGUGUGGCAGAGAACAGCAAUCUUCAUGCGUUGGAUGCUACGCUAUCAGACAUUCAGAUCAUUCAUCAAAAGACGCAUUAUUACCGAGAUAAAGUCAAGCGAGAUUUAAGGCGGAUUUACGAAAAAGUCGCUAGUUUGAUCAAUAAGCCCGUCUCGUCUUUGUUUGAUACACUCUCGAUUCACCACACUACGUCUGUCAUGACGUCUUCUUCCAGUAUGUCUUCUUCUCGGGUCGAACAGGAUCCAAGUCAUGUGAUCACAUCGUCGGCGAAACGCACCUUUGAUGCCUUUCUUCAUUUAGCUGAAAUUCAUGUCAAGGAAUAUCUGCCCAAGAUGUCUGACUAUGAACACUCGAUUCGACAAAAGACAUCAGAAUUGAUUGUAUCGAAAAGGGGCUCGAUUUCUAUGUUUAUACACAACAUGGCUGUCGUAUCUGAAUUUCAACGACAUGUAGGACAUAUUCAGCCUACCAUUGAAAACAACAUGAGUUACCUGGAUGAAUUUAAGCAGAAAUACAAAGGAAAAGACCUGGAGAGUCUAAGAGACGUCUUGUUUUCUUAUGGUGCAGUGAUGAUUGAAUUUGUACGAAGAAAAGAAUUUGCUUCUUUACUUGUCAACAAUGCUGAUUUAAUAGCCAACACACUAGCUCAAUACCGAACACAAGAAGAAGCACGUCGAGACCAUUUCAGACAGACCAUCACACCUUUACUUCCCUUCAAACUCACGAUGAAUAAACCACCUCUACAAUGCGACAUAUCCGUCCAUGGCGAUCAAGAUAAAACAGACCUUCAGAAACAAGAUAUCUCUGAAUUUAUCUCGAUUAUUAAUCAAGUCUAUUCUCGGUCCCCUCAUCAAUUGGCAUCUAGUAUGCAACAUCUCUCGCUCAGUAAAAGAGGGCUAGGAUCCAGUAAUGAACCAGACGAACAGUUUUUGGAUCUCUUGAAAAAUAUGAUCCAAGACAUGAACAGCAUGAAGACGGACUUCUUGGUGUAUUUAAAAACUAACUUUACAGACAUGGAGACAGUCAAACAAGACCCAUCAAAAGUUCAGCGUUCCUUAUCGCCUCCUCUUCUUCGCCCAACUGUGGUUGAAGAGAGCCAAAAGCCUUCAUUGGCUUCAUCGCCUGCUUCCUCUAUCUUUUCAGUGAUUGAAGACGACAAGAAACUGGUACUUGAAAACAAAGAUCUCAAAUCAAAAUUGACAACAGCAGAGGAAGAAGUGGUGUCCUUGGAACAAAAAAAUCAAGAGCAAGCAGACGAGAUCAGCCAGCUAAAAGAAACCAUCAAACUCUUGGAAAACGAACGAGACGAGUUUGAGUCACAUCGAAAGAGCUUUUUGAAUGAAUUGAAAAAUAAGGACAAGACAGCUGAUUUCAGAAUUGCUAGCGUAGAAGAAGACUUUAAUGCUAAACUAAAUGAUUUGCAGUACGAGUUGGAAGAAGAGAGACGCAUGAAAAAGAACUUGGAGAUUGAGCAUCAGUCUGAAAUGAAGACAUUACAAACUGAGUUAGAGGCGCAUACAAAAACAUUAGAAGAAAUCCAAGCAAUACAUCGUUCUGAAUCAGAAGGUCACACGCGCACCAUACGUCAGUUACAGCAAGAUAUGGAGAAACACAGCCAACUCAAAGAGGAGCAUACAGAACUUCAACGUCGAUUUGAUCAACUCUGUCAAGACAUGGACACUGUCAAGCAAAAACUCGAAGCAGAACGAAGUGACUAUGAAAGCCAGCUUAGUCGAUUGCAAACAGAGAUAGAAGAAAAAGAAAAAGCAGCAGAAGAAAUCAAGGCCAUCCAACAACAAACACGGGUGAUGGUCAAACGAGCUCAGGAUGACUGGGAAAGUAAGAACGAAGAAUUACAAAACAUCAAGCGAGAUCAUGAUUCCCUCUGCCAAACGGUUAGAAGUCUGUUGAAGCGAUUCAUGCCUCAAGGUGUGGAUCAAGAAUUAAAUCAAGCCAGUCUACAGUCUUAUUUAGGUGGAUUUAAGGAACAAUUAGAGGUGUUUGAGCGUGAAUACGAUGUAGCCAAAGAAGAUCUGUAUAUCACAAUGCAGCAGCUCUCUGAUCUUGUUCGUGAUUAUACCAACCUGGUCGAAGUCCAUAAUGAAUGGAAAGUGAUCGCAAGUCGCAUGGCUGAAAAGUUGGAAGAUUUUAGAAAGAACAUGAUAUUCGAGAUUGUGAAUCAAUUGCAACUGCCCAUGGACGAGGAAGAGCUGAACAUAUUGCAAAAGAAGCUAACGCCUAAUGAAGACGAUACAGCUGUCUGGAAUCAAAUCUUGCAAUUAACAUCAUCUAUCAAUACACAAAAAUUUGUGCUCAAGGUACACAAAAGAGUCAAGGACAAUUAUGAGCAAGCAAAACAAUACAAAAAGGAAUAUAGAAGCAUCAAAGAAAAAUACAAUAGAUUAUGCACCAGUUAUUGCGAAAAAAUUGCUUUUAGAAACUUUCAAACAGGUGAUAUUGCCUUGUUCUUACCUACACGUAAUGCUUCAGGCAAACCUUGGGCUGCAUUCAAUAUCAAUGCACCUCAUUACUUUUUGAAAAGCACAGAUAACAUGGCAUCUCAAAUGCAAAGUAGAGAUUGGAUUGUAGCAAGAAUUGUAUCCAUUACAGAGUAUACAGCCAACGCUCAACAUCCAGAAUCCAAUCCUUAUGGUUUAGCUGAUGGUAUAAAAUACUAUUUUAUAGAAGCAGAAAAUUGGAGACACAGUAAACAACAUUCAAAGAAAAGACAAUUGGUACAAGACAAUGGUUUAGCUUCCGUUAUGAUUCCCCCCGAUGACCCAUACCAGCAACAAAAAAGACCUUCAUUGGGUCCUUCCUCUUCUUCAAGCUUUGUACACAGUUACUCAAGUUAAAUGUGCAUCAUUGAAAAUAAAAUCAUUUACUAUACAUACAUGCAGUAUUCA